AUGUACGUCAGCGCUUGCGCUCGAACGUUACAGUGGGACUUGUACUUACGUCUCAGUAUUCGUUUCGAAUCUGAGACGUUUCGACGAAAACAGCGUCCUCUUAUACGGUGAGUCUGCCAGCAAUAGCUUUGAUGAAAAAUAUAUACUUAAAGAACGAAAAGAUUGCCGACGUUGACACGUCGUCGACGUUCUCCGUUUGGAGACGCUCGCACUCGAUGUGCUCUAUUCUUCGGCCGUAUCGUCCUUUCCUUUCUCAGCUCUCUCUCUCUCGGCCUUACUUCCCUCGGACACAUCGGCUCUCAACAGAUACGUGGAGCCACACUCGUUCAUUCCACAUCACUAGUCAUUGUCGAGCCUUUUCCUGGGAAGCGCUUGUGCUCCUUCACCGGGAUCAACACAGACUUCGUCUAUUUAUUCAUACCCAUCCUUUGCUUCGAGACAUUGCUCUUCUUCUUGGCCAUCAGAGUAUCUCUCAAAAAUAUGAGAGAAAGGAGGGCCACCCCCGGUACCUCCAGCUUGCGCAUAAAUUCAUUCAUGAGCAUACUCGUGCGGGACAGCAUUUUGUAUUUUUUCAUAAACCUGGCGAAGUGCGCUAUUGUCAUGGGCCUGUGGCGGAAUGCUUCUGUGAGAUUUUUUUGAUUUUUUUUUUGAUGUAUUACUCACUAUUACUCGUUGUUCCCUGCAUGCAAUCAGACCCUGCGCGCAAAUAUAUCUAUCCCGUUCAUCAUGCUUCUAGAAACCAUGAUCGGUACCCGAGUAGUAAUCAACUUCAAGGAACAUUGUUCUCGCCGGUUGAGCUCGGAACCGGUCAUGAUCACUGGGUCCAUACGCUUUGCAGGAGUCAGUGAAGAGACUGCACGCCAGGGUACGAUCCAUGACCAGUCGAGCGAAGGCAAUGAGAUGCAGCUGGUCAAGGGUUUUCAAGAGAGUACUGAGGUC